CCGCGCGUGCUCGGUCGAGCCCUUCCGUUGGCCGCACGCGUGCGCGCUCCGCUCAGGAUGCUGGAUUGUAGGUGAUGAUGGCGGAAGAGGAGCUGCGCUGAGUUUUCUCCCAGUGUUUAAAUACACCCCAAUCAGACGCUCGUCAGCAGAUCUCGUCUUUGUCCUCCGCCUCACACAGAGGGACUAUGGGGAAUGAAGCGAGCCUCGAAGGAGAGGGACAGCCGGGGCAACCGGGAGGCGCUGUCCCCGCGGCUGGAGCCCCGGCUUCCAUUUCAGCACCAGCGGGCGGCGGACAGCUCCACAAGCCGAGCAAUGGAGCGCCUGCCGGGGGAAUGGGCACCGGACACGGGCCGGGAAUGAACAGUAUCCAAGGCAAACCGAAUCAGACAGACCCUAGCAUGGGACCCAAACCUGGAGGUCCACCCGGUGUGGGACCCGGCCCUGGAGCCCCAACACAUCCUCAGGGUCCCAGUCAGAGUCAAGCCGCACGGAAGAACCUUCAGGUGGAUGUGGGCGGCAGCAAAGGCGGGCCAGUCUCUCCCGGAAGCAGCGCUCCCACAUCCCCCUAUUCUCUACCCCAGAUUGCACCCAUGCCCAGCAGCAAGCUCUGUCCAGUGUGCAAGACUGCAGAUUUGACGGGCACCACAGACGGCCAGCCAAACUGCAAUAAAUGCACACAGUGCCGCUCCAUGGUGUGCAACCAAUGCGGAUUCAACCCCAACCCUCACCUCACUGAGGUGCAGGAGUGGUUGUGUCUGAACUGUCAGAUGCAGAGGGCGUUGGGGAUGGAUAUGGAGACUCCACCAACCUCCCCGAAGCCCCCGCAGAAGCAGCCGGGACCCCCUGGUCCAGGUCCAGGUCCUGCAGUGGGUACCAAACCCACAGCCCAACCAGGUCCACCUCGACAGGACAUUCCUGCAAAGCCCAAAGUGUGCUGUCCACUGUGUAAGGCUGAACUAAACGUGGGGGAUCCAGCCAAGACACCAAACUACAACCUCUGCACCCAGUGCCACACUCAAGUCUGCAAUAUGUGCGGCUUUAACCCCACGCCUCACCUGACUGAGAAGAAAGAAUGGCUGUGUUUGACAUGCCAAACCCAGAGAGCAAUGUCAGGGAGCUUAGGGGAUAUUACUCCUCCUGUGCCACCAUCCGUUGGAUCUCCCCGACUACCAGGCCCAGCCAAUCAACAGCAGCAGCAACGAGGGUCCAGUCAGCAAGCUUCACUGAGACCAACUGGCCCUCAGCAGCAAAAGCCAGCUGGAGCCCAAGUAAGUGUUCCUUUCUCUCCAGUAAAACAAGGGGCACCACAAUCCAAGGGCCCCUCUCAACAAUUACCUGCAACUAAGACUGACACAAAAAAACAAGAUCAAGGAAAUAACAAGAAACAAGUUAUGUCCAAAACAGAAAAAGAUGGGGACAUCAAAGCAUCAUCUAAAAAGGGAACAUCGGAUAAAAAAGAUGAGAAGAAAAGUAGUGGCAUACAGAAAUCUAAACAAGAUGACGAUUCCAACAAGUCAAGUACACAGAGUCUGAGUGAUACAGGCUACUCCUCAGAUGGCAUUUCCAGCUCCCAGAGUGAGAUUACUGGCUUGAUCCAAGAAGACUCUAUGAAGCUCAAUGAGAGGGGGGUCACUGACCAACGCAGUCCCCCAAGCCCAUCUGAACUAACAAAACUGGAAAGUUCGAUGCGACCUCUGUUGGAAUCACAUACAGGCACCGGCCAAGGACAGCACCGUGAUGGAAGGGACAAUGCAGACCAACAGAGGCCUCGAUCUCUGUCCAUAACACAAGAUCAAGAAUUUGAGUCUGAUGAGGAAGCAUCAGAUGAUCUGAGCUGUAAAUUAAGACAUGAUUAUGUGGAAGAUAGCAGUGAAAGUGGACUUUCUCCAUUGCCACCCCGGCAGAAGAAGUCACAGAAGGAGCUAACGGAUGAGGAGUUUAUGAGAAGACAAAUUCUGGAGAUGAGUGCAGAUGAGGAAGAUACAGCAGAUACUGAAAGUCAUGUAAAGUCAAAAAGGAGCCAUAAACACAGUGGAGAUCUUGGAAAAGAGAGGCGUCGCUUGACACAGCAAUCUAGCAGUUUUGAAGAAGACUCUAAAAGUGCUGAUAACUACAAAUCUGCUGAAGCUGAUGACAUGAUGGCCUCACAAGGUGGUCUGAGACGGUUUAAAACUAUAGAACUGAAUAACACAAAUAGCUUCAAUCGUGACAUGGAACUCAGCACAGAUCAUGACCUUAGGGAGCCUGAGCUUGAGAUGGAAAGCCUUACUGGUUCACCUGAAGAAAGAUCACGGGGAGAAUACUCUUCAACCCUUCCUGCAACAACACCAAGUUAUACCUCUGGAACUUCUCCCACUUCUGUGUCAUCAAUGGAAGAUGACAGUGAUAGUAGUCCUAGCAGACGACAAAGACUUGAGGAAGCAAAGCAGCAGAGGAAAGCAAGGCAUCGAUCUCAUGGCCCAUUGCUUCCCACCAUUGAGGACUCCUCAGAAGAAGAUGAAUUGCGAGAAGAGGAGGAACUUCUGAGAGAGCAAGAGAAGAUGAGAGACUUAGAACAGCAGAGAAUUCGCAGUACAGCCAGGAAAACCAAAAGGGACAAAGAGGAACUGAGGGCACAGAGACGUAGAGAGAGAUCAAAGACUCCUCCUAGUAACCUUUCACCUAUAGAAGAUGCAUCCCCAACAGAAGAGCUCAGACAAGCUGCGGAAAUGGAAGAACUCCAUAGAUCAUCCUGCUCAGAAUAUUCUCCCUCCAUGGAUUCAGAAGCUGAAGGAUUUGAAAUGGGAUCAAAGCUGUACAAGUCUGGCAGUGAAUAUAAUUUGCCAACAUUCAUGUCUUUGUACUCACCAACAGAGAAAACAUCUGCUGUCUCUCCAUCUACAGCAGAUAAAUCAUUAAAAAGUGCUGAAGAGGUUUAUGAGGAAAUGAUGCGAAAAGCAGAAAUGAUGCAAAAGCAGCAGCAACGUGCACCAGGAGGACCAGGGCAACAAAACCAGGAAAGAAUGCUUCAAACUGACAAAAAACAGCAUUUAGAUUCUGGAACAACUUCCUUGAGUCCGGGUACAAGCCCUACCCAGAUCUCAGCUCCAGUCUCAUUCUCUGGAAAUGAUCCUUCAGGUAGAGGGGCACAAAGAAUGCAGUCUACUCAGAGUCAUUCACAAAGUCAAGUUCGAAUGAACAACCAAACCUCUAAGGGAGGCCAUAGUGGUUCCCCACAGUCUCAAAUUAGGCAGCCUGCUCCAACACAGCCUCAAGGAAGACCUGGAGUUCAAGGGACUGCACAGGGUCAAGUGCCUGAUCCCGGAGCUUCCUCUUUAACAUCAAAAAUGUUCUCAUAUUUCAAAGGAUCAAGUCCUUCAACAUCCCCCUCUACUUCCCCCACACACAGUCCAACACGUGGCCCUGCACCUUGUACUAUUUCUACAGUGGCACCCACUCAAACCUCUCAAAGCCCCCAUAGAUCUGGGGCACCACGUCUUGCAAGACAACAGUCCUCCCAAGAUUCCCCUGUUAUAGUGAUUACAUUGGGAUCAGGGACUAGCAGUCAAACCAAACCAGCAACGGUAAAUUCCUCCACUUCACCUUUAUCCUCUCCGACAAAAGAUAGCCAAAAAACAAUUUAUCAGACUCAACAUACAACAACAAAGUCACCCACAUCACCACAGAAAUAUCCAACCCACCAAACGUCUCAGCAUGUCUUACAAAGGGCACAGAUAUCAGAGCGAGUUAGUUUACCUGCAAGUACAGCCAUCUCUGCUGGUGCCCAAAGUAGUGGAUCUCUUCCUGCGGGAAACAUAUCCUUAUGUAGAAUCUCAACUGUACCUGGUACCUCAAGAGUUGUAGAGCAAGGCACUAUUGCUCCUGGAAGUAAUAUAGUGGACCUUAGAGCACCAAUGAAGCCUGCCCCAAUCAUCAUGACAGAUCAGGGUAUGGACCUAACAUCUUUAGCCUCUGAUGCAAGACGAUACUCGCUUGAUUCAGAAACAGCCCCAAGUCGUCAUACUGCUGUACAACCUCUUAUUAUGAAUCUAAAUUCACAGGCACAACCUCAGGUGACUACAACUACACCAACAACAGUAAGUGUCACUGUGGCAGCAUCUAUGUUCAUAUCACAGCCAAAGCAACCAGUUGUAUAUGGGGAUCCUUUGCAAAAUAGAGUCGACUUUGGCCAAGGAGUUGGAUCUGCAGUCUGUUUGACACAGAAUAGGCCACUAAUUACAGAUCCAUCCAUUCCAAAAAUUGAUGCAUGUCUGGAAAAUUUAGGCAUUCAACAGCAGCAACUUCAGAAACAGCAACAGAAGCUUCAACAACAACAAGAGCUCCUUGAGCAACAGCUCCAGCAGCAUCAUCAAAAUGCAUCUUUUGCUCGAUACAACUUAGCAAAUCAAGUACAGCCAAUACUGUUAAAGAAGGACUUGGUUGUGAGUCAGAACGCCAGUGGAGGUACACAAACAGCAGUUAGUUCUAUUGCCAAAAUAUCCCCGCUACCUCCACCACCAUUAUCAUGCUCCGCAUCUACCACACCCACACUUGGUCAUGACAUAUAUGGUGGAGUGGCAUUGGAACUAAAGAACAAGCCUGCUGUAAUAAAUCUCUCCACAGUGAAUCCCCAGGUAAUGAUGGUGCAGUUGGAAGAGAAUAGCACUCAGGGAGCAACAGUAACUCAACUUGUUAAAAGAGAGGAGCCUCCUCCACCAGUAGAUGUUCUAGAUCUCACAGGACAGAUAAAGCCAGAGAAUCAGUUAGCCUGCUGUGAUGUUGUCUACAAGUUACCAUUUGCUGGCAGUUGCUCUGGCCCUUUUUCUCAGAGAGGUAAGACGACACCAUCAGAGCCACCUGCAGAGCCAACACAAGUUCACGGGCAGCAGAGCCAACCUAUAAAUGAUGCUUACCAAACAGCAACUAUACAAGCAACUGCAGAUGAAUCCAAAUCCUUUACGUUGCCUCCUGCAGGACGACUUCCACCAUCUAUGUCAGACAAUAAUCUAGCAGGUUCAUCUCUCCAAUAUUAUCAGAGGACGGACCCUGGAGACCUAGCAGUGGAUUUAAGCACUAUGAAGCAGGCCUAUGAAGCAGGAUAUCUUGGAAUGGGUUCUCAAUAUGGGUCAUACACAGAUUUACGCCAUCAAGGAAGUGAUUCGGCUCCACCGUUACCUUUGAGAAGAUAUGGUUCAAUGUCGAAUAUAAAUGCAGAAUAUGGCUAUCCUCCACGUGAUCUUGGUGGUUUUCAAGAAUCUAAUCUUGCACAGUACAGCGCUACUACAGCUAGAGAGAUUAGCAGAAUGUGUGCUGCUCUCAAUUCCAUGGAGCAGUUUGGGAGUCGAUACACUAGCACUCCUGAGCUUCUGCAGUAUGGUGCUGGAAGAGGAGGCACAGCAGGUAGACUUAACCUUCAACAAGGACUAGCAUCUAUCAGAGCCAACUUGUUGUAUGGUCCUGAUGGCAGACCAACAGUACAUGGUCAAACACUUACAAAUUUAAUCAAUGCUAGACAAGCUAGUCUAAGAUCUUUAUAUCCCCCUGCUGGAAGAACAGCUGAUGGCAUGAUAUAUUCUACUAUUAACACGCCAAUAGCCUCCACCCUACCAAUCACCACCCAGCCUGCCCCUGUUCUUAAUCCCAUGUUAAGAGGAGCAUAUGGACCUUACACUUCAGGAGGCGUUACUGCUGUACCUCUGGCUAGCCUCACCAGGUUGCCUCAAGUCACCCCAAGAAUGCCUCUAAAUGCCCAGGCACCUUACAGAUAUCCUCCUCCAAAUCAGUUUUCAGCAACUGCUCCAGAAACUUUAUCAGGAAGCGUCCCACCUUCUAGUACAUCACAGGAAGUUCCAGUUUAUCUGGGAAAGCCUACAGCUCCUGGUAGUAUGUCAACAAAUGCAUCACAAAAAUCUAGUCAACCUGUUUCAAAUAUGGGCAUGCAAAGCAUACAACCAGCACAUACUAGUAUGGUAUCAGUACAAUCAGUUGUUAAUGCUCCUAUAACACAUAUGCCAGUAGACAGUACUACAAUGCAACUCCAAUCACAGCCUCAAACUCAAGCACAGUCAUUGGUCAAAGGUCAGGAACAGACUCAAGGCCAGCCUCAGACACAACCUCAACCACUAACACUGCCACAAAAACAAACCCAGGCAAUUACCCGAGUGUUUCCAGAUGCAUCUGCCAGUACAACGAUAACAACAUCUGCAGAUACUGAGAAGGAAAAAGAAGAAGAAAGAUUGCGACAACAGCAGGAGCAACUCUUGCAGCUAGAACGAGAACGUGUUGAGUUGGAGAAAUUGCGUCAGCUACGUCUACAAGAAGAGUUAGAGAGGGACCGCGUGGAGCUUCAGAGGCACAGAGAGAAAGAACAUCUACUCAUGCAGCGGGAGAUUCAAGAACUUCAAACCAUAAAGCAGCAGGUACUUCACCAGCAACAGGCUGAAAGGGAAACCCAGCUUGUAAUGCAAAGAGAGCAACUGGCACAGCAAAGGAUGCAGCUUGACCAAAUUCACUCUCUACAACAACAACUCCAGCAACAACUUGAAGAACAAAAGAGGCAGAAAACAGCAGCCAUUGAAGCAGCAGCAGUGGCAGCUGCAGCAGAAGCGGCGGCUGCUUCAGCAGCAGCUGCAGCAGCGGCUACAACAGCUCAAGGUGCAAUGCAAGGUGUGAUGGUUGGUGGAACUACCCCUCAAACCAUUUCAAUUAUCUAUGACCAGAGUGGUAGAAUUAUUCCACAAGAGGGCCAGAGUGUGCAGCUUUUGCCAUGUGCUGAUGGACAGGUGGUCCAGGCAGUGGUGUCCACUAGACCUUUGCCCAGCUCUUCUUCAGAGAUGUCCCUUAAGAAUAGUGAAGAACACGGAGAUCGGAUUAUGAAGAAGCAAAACUCAAUGCCCCGUUUGAGGAAUGGGUCAGAGGAUGAGUCUGUAAAGAGAAUUGCAGAUUGCAGUGUCCAAACUGAUGAUGAAGACGCAGAGGACAAACUCAUGUCUCGCCGUCGCAGAACUAGACGUAUAGCUGACUGCAGUGUCCAGACAGAUGAAGAGGAUCAGGGUGAGUGGGACAAUCAGCCAAUACGCCGCAGACGUUCAAGGUACUCAAAACAUUCUGAACCAGCUGCAGAGACUAAGAGUGAUGCAUCUAAAUCUAGUAUUGCCAUUCAGACCACCAAUGACUCUUCAUGUCAGACUGAGUCAGACCAGUUGGGUAGAAUAUCUCCAGCUAUACACAUUACCAUGGCUGAAACAUCAAAGGUUGAACUCCUUCACUACAUAUCUGCUCCAGAAAGAACCCAUAAGGGAGAGAGUUUAGCAUGCCAAACUGAUCCAGAGGCACAAUCCCAUGGAGUGGUUGCUCCUCAGCUCAGUGUUCCCACUACUGUUAGCCCCUAUUCCACCAGUCUACAACUAGUUGGUGCCACACCUACCAAAUUUGAAAGGAGAAAGCCAGACCCAUUAGACAUCGGAUACCAGCAAGCUCAGCAGCAAAAUGAAUCUCCUUCACGUCAGCCACCCAAAUCUCCACAAGUGCUAUACUCUCCAGUAUCUCCUUUGUCCCCCCAUCGUAUGUUGGAGACUACCUUUGCUUCCAGUGAGAAACUCAACAAAGCACAUGUGACUCCCCAACAAAAAGCCUUCACUACAGAAUCACCACAGAGGCAUCAGACUAUUCCAAGGCCCAUAAAGAGUGUUCAGCGGUCAAUGUCCGACCCCAAGCCUCUCAGUCCAACAUCAGAGGACCCAGCCAAGACUAAAUUCUCCCUAUACCAAAGUCAAGCCAGCCCAGCGAGUCAGAUGUCUGCCUUGCAACAGCAGAACGCAAUGAUGAGAAAGGUGAAGAGAACUCUCCCAAGUCCUCCUCCAGAUGAGUCACCUUUACCGAUUAUGACACCAGCAAUUCCCCAUAUAUACAGUUCCCCUGGGGUAUCCCAAAGGGUUUUGCCACGUACUGCACAGGGUGCAAUGAAAGCAGGCUUGUUGAGUGAACUAAAAGCCGUAGAGCAAGAAUCCACCAAAUUACGUAAACAACAGGCUGAGCUAGAAGAAGAGGAGAAGGAGAUUGAUGCUAAGCUACGAUGUUUGGAAAUGGGCAUCACUCAACGCAAGGAAACCAGAGUAAAAGAGAGAGAGAGGCGAGAGUUGGCAUACUUGCGAUGUAUUGGGGAUGCACGUGACUACAUGUCAGACAGUGAACUGAAUAAUUUGAGAUUAGCUGGGGUAGCGCCAGGCACCUAUGAAGAAAAUGGAAUGCUGUCACGUCCAAGUACAGCUCCUCUCAGCCAGUUUACUUCCGAUUUGAAUGCAUCUCAGUACCCUCCUACCUCUUCAUAUGUUCCAUAUCAAUACCCACAGCCCCAACCCACACCCACGCAACCACCCACUGCCACCUAUCAGAUUGGGUUUCAGCCAGCACCAUACCCAACCUCCUCACAGCCCCAGCCUGGAACCUUCCAACCUCAUCCUCCUCAACCUUCAUCUUAUCAAACCCCAGGGCCAUACCAGACUCAUAACUAUGGUCAGCCUACUUAUGAGUCUGACCUUGGAUUACAGCAACCCAGUCACCAGGGAUUCCAACCACCAACUGCACCUUUAGCAGGCCAGACGCUACCUUAUCCUGCACAAAGCAUGUCCUUCCAACCUCAAGGAGACAUGCUUUCAGCCCACCAAAGGCCAAGGCAAACUUCACUAGCUGAUCUGGAACAAAAGCUACCCACAAACUAUGAAGUGAUCAGUAAUCCUUCAAUUCCAGUAGCAACAUCAGCUCAAGAUACUGGAUUCAGCGGUGUCUAUUCCUCACCAUUAAAUAAUGCUUAUGGUCAGUAUCGGCCCUCUGAUCAACCUUUGACUGAACGUAUCCCAAGUCCUUCAUCAGGAUAUGGAACAGAUGGUGUCUAUGCCACAAAUCUAGAACAAAACAUCCCCAGAAAUUAUGUCAUGAUUGAUGAUAUCAGCGAACUCACAAAAGAGAAUAUGGGGUCCUCUGAUAUGGCACGGUUAGGUUAUGGAAGUGAGAAUGGCCCACGUGGACCGACUUAUGGUGAUGGUUCUGAGAAUUUAUAUGGAAGAACUUCAAACACCUAUCAAGGUGGAGUCGACAGCCAUGGACACCCAAUCACCUCUGGAAGUGGUGGUUCUGGUUAUUAUUAUGAUGACUAUAAGCACUCUUCACGCAGCAGUGGGGGAAUGGGCAGCCAGAAGCACUCAUCCAAAAAUCUGGCACCUGCUGUUUCGUCCAAACGUAGCAAACAUAGAAAGCAAGGCAUGGAGCAAAAAAUUUCCAAGUUCUCUCCAAUUGAAGAAGCUCGAGAUGUAGAGUCCGAUCUCGCUUCGUACACUAUGACCACAUCGACUGGUGGUAGUUGCACUGUGGUGUCCAGGACUGGUGUGAAAAAAGGCUAUGACCAGCAGAAGUACUAUGGAUCAAGGGAGGCAUUGGAAGAGGAUGAUCGCCUCUAUGGCUCUGGACGAUCAAGGUCCACAGGUUAUGGUAUGGAUAAAAUUUCCUCCAGAGACUCAAGUGGCUACCGAAGUAAGUCUUAUGAGAGGGAUGCUAUGGAGCGAUCACAAAGGGGCACCCAUGGUCGUAGUGGCCGUCCUUCUAUGCGUACACAAAACUCGGAGGAAGAGAGCCCUCUGAGUCCUGUUGGAAAGCCCAUGGGAAUCGGUCGUGGCUCUGUGCCAGAUGAUGUACGAAAUCAGUAUGGCUCCAGCCAUUCGUUACCAGAUGUACAGGACCACCAUAUGAGGGAUAUUCCUAAGAGUCAUGUAUAUAAGCCAGAUGACCCUUACCUUGCAGAUGACAUGCACUGUGCUGUUUCAGACAGUGAAGCCUAUCAUUUGGGUCAGGAGGAAACAGACUGGUUUGAAAAACCACGCGAAGCUCGUUCUAAACACCAUGGGAGUGGAAGUCACUCAUCUUCUAGCAGGAGAGGCAAUGUAAAGCACACUUACCAUGAUUAUGAUGAGCCCCCUGAGGAAGAUCUCUGGCCUCAAGAUGAAUACGGACACCAACGGCAUUCCUCUUCCACCUCAUCUCGAGAACACCGUCACCAUGGCAGCAGUUCAGGAAGACACACCUCUUCCCGUCAUACCACAGAUGAUCCCAGGUCAUCUCGUUCUUCACGAUCACAUCCAAAAGAUCCUUCCAUCCGGUCAGAUGGGCGAACCACCUCAUCCUCAACACAGAAAAGAUCCUCAGAUCCACGAUCUGGCAGCCACCGAGACUCCGGAGAAUAUUCUCGUGAUCCAUCAGGCCACCACCAUGGUUCAAGUGGACAAAGAGGCCAGAGACAACCAGGUUCAUCCAGGAGGCAGGAGCCCUCUUCAGGUUCGAGGCCACAGCAGGGUCUUGGAGAGCAGCAACCGCAAUCCCAGCAAGGACAGCAGCGAUCAAGUGCUGGCCAGCAAGUGUCUGCCAAGCAGACAGGUUCUUUGCCACCUGAGACAGGGCAGCAAGGACAACAACAAUUGGGACAGACAACCCGUACACAACAGCAGCCACUACAGCAUCCUGGACAACAGCCAGCGACCACAAUGGGAGCAAGUCAGCCCACAACCACAGCUGCUGGUAUGGGAACAGGAACAACUCAACAGCAGCAAUCUAAGCCGGGUCAGGCUCCAGCACAGGCAAGACAACAACCAGGAGGACCACCCACUGCCCAGCCAGCUGCUGCUAUGGCCAAGUCUGACAUAGCUGCACCUGCUCCUGCUCCUGCUCCUGCACCAACUCCUGCAGUUGCAAUUGGAUCAAAAGCUGCACCACAGGCUGCAAAACCACCCCAGAUUCCUGCCACAGGAAUUGGUUCAAAGGCAGCACCCCGGCCAGGGGGUAUAGGUAGUGCUGCACAGCAGCCUGCCGAAGGGGAAAAUGUGCUUACAAAGAUCCUGCAGGGAGGAGCAGCGGAACAAGCUGGAAAAUUAGGAGAUGCUGUGUCUGCUCUCGGGAAGAAGUUUACUUCAUUUUGGUGAUCUGCCGAUAGGAAGGUGUUAGUUGGGGUGACUUGGGCCUAGAACUGCAAAACCUAAGAAUCUGUAUCUGCCAUUUAACAUCUUUAGCUGAGGGUGGGGUACACCUGAGGACACGGAUACGUGUCAACCCUUGAAGUUUCAAUGAAGCGUUAAGACGAAAUCCCAAACACCAUCUAUCCUAUGAAAUCAACCAAAUCCACCAAAAACGGAGGCGUAAUCUCUCUUCCAAAGUGUUUUCAGUUGCUGCUGAAGCAAUUGCAAUUCUCAAAAUGCCAAACUGUCAGUUCUUUUUGAGGUUUUUCCAGACAAUUAUGUCUUCCCUCACAUGACAUAAUCUGUGCUCAGGUGACCCUCCCUGUUCCCGAAACAGCAUGAAGAUGUCAGGCAGCAGCAGGUCUUAGCUUUUUGCAGUUCUAACGAAGACUUCAAUGCCCAGACUCGAAGAGACCGUAGCAGUGAAGGAGAGCGACUAUCUUACAAAAGCUUCAAACAAACUCUGUAAAAAAAAAAAAAAAAAAAAAAAAAAUGUAUGCUCGAUUUCUAAGAUCUUGACAUUCCAAUAUGGCGAUGAUUGACCCUCUCUAUGAAUGUUUUUGUUUCUUCCUUAACCUUUUUGUCAAGUGUGUAAUGAAUGCAAAUGUGUAAACCGUGGACAUGGAAUGCACGCACAAAAAAUAUAUAUAUGUAUACAUAUAUGAGAUAUAUAUGAAUCCAUAUCUAGAAAACUUUUCAAAGUCUCUAAGGGUGAAGCCAUGUGCACCUUGUGUAAAAAGCUGGUUAUUUAACAUAAAACUAUUGGUGAAGUGCAGAGGUCAGUAAUAUCAGAAUGUUAGCAUAGUCGUGUCCCUCUUUUAUUUACCAUUAAGCCAUUGCUACCUUCCCCCAGAAUACCCUAAGUUUGCAUUUUUGUUGGCGUUAGCUUAUCAGUUUUGCCUAAUUUUAUUUUAAAUUACGAGCCUUACUAAAAUUUUUUACUUGUAUACCUCACACAUUUUUUUAAAAGUCAUCCUUACUUGAUUUAUUUUGCACAUCUGUAUACUGCUAAACAUGUACAUAUCUCUUGUUAACACUCUGCUUAUGUAAGAUAUUGAUUUGUGUAUUUAUGGAUUUAUAUUUCUGGUAUUGCUUUGUUUAAUGUUUGGUAUUAUUAUUUAUAUCUUUACAUAUUUUUUUCUCAUCAUUAUAUUGAUUAACUUAUAUGUUUUUAUAUAGUUUUGUUUAGUUUUUUUUUUCCUGAAGCAAUAGCAUGCUAAUCCGUACAGAGCACAAUAACUUUUGCUGAAAGUGAUCCGCAAUCAUUCAAGUUCCUCAUUACAGAUCUGAUUGUCAAACAUAGACAGGUAAAACUAAGUUUCUACAAACCCCAACAACCAUACACCCAUAUUAACAACCCCCCUCCCCCCAACCAAAAAAAAAAAAACACACACACACAUUAACCAGUUAUGUACAUCCACCAAAAGGGUUUGAUCCAAUUUCAAAUAUUCUAUGCAAUAAUCCAUGUAAAACCAUUCCCACCGCGAUAUCCAUCACCGACACAGAAUUACAAUCGGUUCAAAUAUGAAUAGGGACAUGUUUGUAUUUACCUUGUAUGUAUGAAAAUAUCGAACUACUAGAUUCCUUUCAUUUUCUUUUUGUGGCAUGUUUAUGAAAGCCCUCGUCUUCCCUAGUUUUCAGGGAAUCUGUUGCCAAAGGGUUAACUGUGUGGACUGUUGGUCUUGGACAUCCACCAUCUCUGUUGCUUGCAGCAUGAAUUCUGCUCAGCUCUCUUUGGCUCCUUGUAAUGCUGUCAUUCGCUCUUCGUGUCUGCAGUUUGAUCGGGCGACAAGACGGGGCACACAGCUUAUGCACUCGUUAUUUCGUCUCCUCCAACUGGAAAUGUCAUUGUAUGUCGCGUUUGGUGGCGAAUGUUUUUCGUGUUCCUCACACCGGAAUCAUGGUGAAUUGGUCAAUAUAUAAAGAAGAUAAAGAUGAGCGCUGCUGACACAAGAACACAAUGUUUUCAGUGUUUCAACUUGCUGUAAACGUGAUCACUCUACAGUAUGUAGCAUGAAUUCACCUCCAUGCCAUCUAUAUGAAAAUCAGGGCAUGCACGUUGAAAGCACAAUCUGUCCAUCGUCAUUUGAGUUCUGUAGGGCCUCAUUGGUUUGAAUGUGUCAUGAGGUGGUAGAUUCGAGGGGAAUCUUUUCCUUUUCGAUACUGGAAUGCUCUUUAGUCAAUCACGACUAUGACUAUCCUGAAGAAUAUGAAGUCUUUUUCAUCACCGAUACCAUGGAGAUAUUCAAUAACAAGUGCAUGAGCCAAAGUUGCCACCACAAAAGCCGGCCACAGUGAUAAGAUAGAAAUACGCAAACACUGACAUAUCCACACAAACAGGCAUGUGCACGCACACACACACACACACACACACACACACACACACACACAAACACACACAGACUAAAUGUCGCUGUAAAUACUGACUUUGGUUAUUUUGUACAGUGUUUAAAUAUCAUGAGUAAAAUGAUGGCCGUCUUGUGCAACUUCACGCCGGCCUUGCUGCCAACCUUUUGUGCUUUUGUGUAUAAAAGAAUAAUGAUGAUUAUUGUUAUUAUUAUGAGGGAAAAAAUAUCAUAGUAUAUAUGUUGCUGGCUCUCAAUGACUGUUGACUACAGUGGAAAAAAAAAAAACGAGAAACGUACAAUCUGGUCUGUGUAGGGUUUCUAUACAUAUUGUGUUUGUUAAAUCUGAAUACAAUGGAAAUUAUGUAAGUGGCUUCCAUCAUGACCGUGCCAGAAAAAAACAGAAGGUUCAGUGAAUAAGCAGAUGUGAUAUGAACUCAGUCAGGAAUCGGGGGAAAAAACAAGAUGAAACUCCAGGAAAACGCUCUCACGAAUGAAGAUUCACUCACUGUUGUAAGUGCAAUGGGCUAAAUGUGAGUCCAGUAUUCAUUGUGAAAUAUUGUGUUCUUUUCAAUGUAUUCCUGUUAAAAGAUAAAUUUUGGUGCAUCAUGUCAUGUAAUGUGAUUAUGAAAAUAAUGAACCUGCAAAUUGUUUCCAGACUGGAGAAGAAUAAAGUCAAAAAAUGACAGUUUA